UCCACGACAGACCACACCAUGGCUAAGAUAGCGGUAAUUGUUGCAGUGCUUCUGUUCUCCGCCUGCGUGGCACUUGCGCAGAGGGGCUCUGAGCGACCUCCAGACUCGGGAUUCAACAGACCAGGCAGCAAUCCUCAAGAUUCUGGCUUCAAUAGACCCGGCAACAACCCUACAUCCCCUGGUUUCAACAGCGGAUCCAACCGACCGGGUAACAACCCCGGAAACGAUUUCAACAGGCCCGGAAACAGACCGGGAGAUUCUCGCUUCGACGGACCUGGCUUUAAUCCCGUCAAGCCCGUGGGCCCCGGUAACAACCGGCCUAGUGACAGUCGCUCAACUCCCGGAUACAACAGCGGCACCAGACGACCUAUUGGACUCUGAUGAACUUCGGCGAACAAAUGAAUAUGUUACGUAUAUGAACUCUGUGCCCCGAUUACUGUAUUAACACCAUUCUUGUAAAAUAAAGCUUUAAUAUUGUGUACUGUGGAUCACUUA